AUGAUUAUCACAAAUGGCGUUGACGGUCAAAAUAAAUAUUUAAAUGGUCCGGAACAAAUUGUGCCAGUCGACGAGUACAUAACUUGGAAACCAGAUGGGCACGUGAGGCUACGCGUCGCCGAGCGAGGGCCAGCAUCAGAACCACCAAUAUCGGUCCCCGGUUACCUCAGCAGGACAGUGGCUAGAUAUCCCGACGGCAUCGCUCUGUGCACCAAACGAAAUGGAAAAUGGGAGAAAACUACUUACAAGCAAUACCAGGAAAAAGUACGGACUAUGGCGAAGGCUUUCCUUAAAUUGGGAUUGGAAAGAUACCACUCCGUUUGCAUCCUCGGAUUUAAUUCAGAAGAGUGGUACAUAGCUGACUUGGCUGCAAUUCAUGCCGGGGGUUAUGCCGCGGGUAUCUAUACGACAAAUUCAGCUGAGGCGUGUUUCCACUGUCUGGAAUCUUCUCGAGCUAACAUAUGCGUGGUUGAGGAUAAGAAGCAAUUGGACAAGAUUCUGUCUAUACGCAGCCGACUUACCCAUUUGAAGGCGAUCGUUCAGUGGGAUGGCAAGGCAGACACGUCUGUACCUGGCGUUUACAGUUGGAAACAACUCAUGGAGAUGGGCGCCAAAGAACCAGAUACGCAGCUAGACAACGUGAUAAAGACUAUUUCUGUCAACGAAUGCUGCACGCUCGUGUACACUUCAGGAACUGUGGGCCCACCAAAAGCCGUGAUGUUGUCCCACGACAAUCUUACAUGGGACGCGUACACUUCAACAUUAAGGGUGGACAACAUUCGACCAACUGUGGACAGGAUCAUUUCCUAUCUUCCCCUGAGUCACGUCGCUGCACAGUUAAUCGAUAUUUACAUUACACUGGGGAGCGCCGUGACAGUUUACUUUGCACAGCCUGAUGCACUGAAGGGCAGUUUGCUGGAAACCCUCAAAGAAGUUAGACCGACCAAAUUCAUGGGAGUCCCAAGAAUAUGGGAGAAGAUGUAUGAAAGAAUUAUUGCCGUGGGAUCCACGAGAGGCGCCAUGACCCGGUGUAUCGCGACGUGGGCAAAGGACAAGGGAAUGAAACACCAUAUGGCUAGGAUGAAUGGGCAAGUAGGAACGACUUGCGGUUACAAGCUAGCCAAGUCAUUAGUAUUCGAUAAAGUGAAGGAAACCCUCGGCUUAGACUGCUGCACGGUGUUCGUGACAGCAGCUGCACCGCUCUCCCCAGAAAUAAAGAAGUUCUUCCUAUCUUUGGAUAUACCACUUAUGGAUGCGUUUGGAAUGAGUGAAGCCGGAGGUGCCCACUCACUUAGUGCCUAUCCAAAGUUCAAGUUAGACAGUGCUGGUGAGGUUCUCGCUGGCACGGAAACAAGCUUUGACAACGCAGACAGCGUCAACGGUCCCGGUGAAAUCCUACUGAGAGGUCGCCACGUGUUCAUGGGAUACUUGAAUGAUGAAGAGAAGACCAGAGCAGCUUUCAACAAGGACGGCUGGUUGAUGACAGGCGAUGUUGGUCGGUUGGACAGUCAAAACUUGCUCUUCAUUACUGGUAGAAUAAAGGAAUUGCUGAUAACAGCAGGUGGUGAGAACGUCGCGCCAGUAUUAAUUGAGCAGACGGUACAAACUGAACUUCCACAUGUCGGUUACGCCAUUCUCAUCGGCGACAAGAGAAAGUUCCUGUCCAUCCUUCUAACACUCAAGGCAAAGGUGGAGCCGAACAGCGGCGACGCCCUGGACGAAUUGGAUACCGAAACCAAGAAGUGGGUGGAAGGCCUCGGAAGUAAAGCCUCCACAAUUAGCGAAAUCGUUAAAUCUAAGGACCCCGUUGUAUACAAAGCCAUAGAAGAAGGCAUUACCAGAGCCAACAAGCACGCGAUAUCAAACGCCCAGAAAAUCCAGAAAUUCGCCAUUCUACCAGCAGACUUAUCAGUGAACAGUGGAGAAUUAGGACCGACGUUGAAAAUCAAGAGGAAUGUAGUUUACGAGAAAUACAAAGACAUAAUAGAAGACUUCUACAAGGAUUGA